AUGUUCACCAAACCACUUAGACCCAAAAGAGGUCGCAAAAGCGAUCCUGCUCGCCCCUUCCAUUCCAUACCCACUGCAGGCUCAACAAAAGCGAGAGACUACAGCGACGAGGCUGAAGACUCUGAUCACGAGGUUGAAGAGUCUGGUGGGGACGAGGCUGGCGGGGACCAGACUGAGGGCUCGUGUGACGGUCAGGGUCCAACAUUCCGCACUGAUGAGGAUGCAUCCCAGAUAGACAGUGCAGAGUACGAAACGUCCAGCCCGGGUUCAUCUAGUCCCGGUUCUGAAUCUGCAUUUUCAGGUGUUCGUCGACCCUUGUAUCUUGGGGGCAACGAGCAAUCCGACCAGAAAGAAAAACUAGAAGCAGAAGCAGAAGCGGAAGCGGACGAGAAGCUCUUCAAUAUCGUAAAGAAAUUGACCAUAUCACGAGAUCAAACAGAAUCUAGCAACUUCGCGACACAGAAACUUUUGGCGAUCGCUGCGAACCUGGAAGUUUUGACGGAAAAAGUACCCUUCGAAUUUUUGCCACCACCAUCUCCCUCUCAAGGCAAUAACGCUCUUCAAGACUAUCAAAUACAGCUUAUGCUUUUGGAGCAGCAGAACAAAAAGCGAGUGCUCAUGGCGCAACAAGAACAAGACAAGACGCCAUCUGACAUCCCUAACCAAUCAUUUCCUGGAAGCUCCCGUCUCGGCAAAGCCCCCGAACCCAGCUCUCCAUAUUUCAUGCCUCUCGACAUGCAACAGCCACCCUUGCUUACCAUCCGAAACCCACCCAUCGCUCACUCAAUGGAAGCAUCGACACAGAUCCACGCCAAUGCCGGUGAGUCAGAGCUUGUCAGCCGGCUGUUGAAACGGAUCGAUGAUUUGGAGAGAAGCAUUAAAGGAUCGGAACAUCCACUGGGGCAGGGUAUCAGUCCUCCACGCUUCCAGGUGCUCCAUAUAUUGGAUGAUGUAAAUGGCAGUGUUUGUCUUCAAGAGCCGACUUGGGCUCUCGGAAAGGGGGGAGGUCUGCAGCUGAGAGCGGAGUCACCACUAGCUGACUUGAAAACCCAUCUACGAAAGAACGACGACAUCUCUUUCUUGGUAUACAAGUCAUACGCAACACCUAGAGUCAGCGCUAUUGAUUUGGCCGAGGGUCUUGAAACAGGCGUACUCCCUGCCCCACAACCGUCGAAUGAGACCAUCACGAUCAUGUCCGAAGAGCUUCGCGUGGCUUUGCAGAUAUUUCUCAAAUCAGCGUGCACGCUUGAUGAGACACAGCUACCUUCGGUCUUGGAUAAUCUACAGGCUCCCUACCUGUUCUGGUACCGUGGCAGAUCAAAGGGACAGACUGUGUCGAAUCAGCUUCCCAAGCACCAAGCGCAUUUGAAGCUACUUUUCGAUUGGAUUGAACGCAAUUACGCCGCCAAGUUUGACCAGUUCGAAGAGAUGAAAUCUCGUGGGCGCAUAUCUCAUGCAUUCACUGAAUAUCUAUUCUUCCCAGGCGAUGUCGUUGUUGACCAAAAUGGCAACAAGACUCAGGCCUAUCGAUUGCGAGACAUGCCGACGUUACAAAGGGCUUACGGACGUAACCAUGAUUCGCAUCAAUUUGAGAAAUCGUCGCGUGUAGGAUCAAGGGCGGAUGAAAGGAAUAAGGCCAACGAAGCAUGGGCUUGGGAUAUGUCAUGUUCGACUAUCGUUUACGAUGGCCAGUUCUAUCGUCAAAAUGAGACGCUCACACUUAAAUUGGUCGCCGACAGUCACGAUCAAGAAGUCGACAUUGCUCAGUUGAGCAUAAUCCCCUUGCCAUUCGUCAGUAAGAAUCUACAGAACCAACUCUUGCAGAGAGGCCGUACAUUCUGGUCAUGUCGUGUCAAACGCCCGAUCUCUUAUGAGGGUGGGGAUGAAGAGACGUCGCAUACGUACGGCGAGCGAUACGUAAUCGACAACAAAACCUUCAAGAAGCUCCACGACAAUGAUCAGAAAUCGAAACGAAACCAAGGCCCCGUGUUCAUGAGUGGUAGCAAAGACAGAACGUCAUUAUUUGUGAAAAGAAUGGACGAAGAUGAUCCUCCUCAAGCGCCCGACAUAUAUCUGUUUCCGCCAACUAUACCUGGAUUCUCCCUGCGCCGCAAAGUGUGGAUCGAUCUGGUGGUCGACAAGAUAGUCGACAUCUCAUGGAACAAAGAGGCCUUCAACCAUCUAGUCGCUGACGACAAGACGAAAGAGCUUGUCCACGCUCUGGUGGCCGACCGAAUCUCUAGCGAAAGAAACACCGACAUCAUCCAGGGCAAAGGCAAUGGACUCAUCAUUCUUCUUCACGGAGGCCCUGGCACCGGCAAGACUUUUACCGCAGAGAGUGUCGCCGAGCUGGCUGAGAAACCAUUGUAUCCUGUUACGUGUGGUGACAUUGGUACCGAACCAGAACAAGUCGAGAAAUACCUCGAAUCAGUGUUAUACCUAGGUAGCCUCUGGGAUUGUGUAGUGCUCCUCGAUGAAGCUGACGUGUUCCUUGAGGAGCGAGGGAUAGCUGAUCUAGCACGCAAUGCCCUAGUUUCCGUCUUCCUCCGUGUGCUGGAGUACUACGACGGCAUUCUUAUCCUCACAUCCAAUCGCGUCGGCACAUUCGACGAAGCCUUCAAAUCCAGGAUCUCACUUGCCCUGCAUUACCCCAACUUGGGCAAGUCGCAACGAUGCCGUAUCUGGAAGAACUUCCUGAACCGCCUCAAAGCGCUGAAAGAGCCGGGUAUCGACUUCGAUGACAUCGAGUGCAAUGUAUUGGAAUUGGCGGACGAGGAGCUCAAUGGUCGACAGAUUCGCAACGCGAUUACGAUCGGAAGGCAGCUCGCAAAGUUUCAAAAGAAGGAGCUGUCGUAUGCGCAUCUGAAGCAUGUUGUUGAGGUAGCCGGUCAGUUUGAAACAUCGCUCGGCUUCAUGGACGCCGGUAGUGACCUCUUUCUCAUCCCUUCCAUUAUUUAG